AUGGCUUUGAUAGGCUUUCUUGAAGUAUCCGCAGCAUUCAUUUCCUUCCUCAUAUUCCGUUUAUUGCUCAACAAGAAAACUCACCACGCAUUGCUCACGGACUGGCCGUUUCUCGGCAUGCUUCCUGGUCUGCUCGUCGAGAUCCCUCGUCUUUACGACUGGAGCGUCGACGUUCUUGAAGCCACGGCCAUGACUCUUCUUUUCAAAGGGCCUUUGUUCUCUGGGACAGACUUGUUAUUCACUUCUGAUCCUGCGAAUAUUCGCCACGUGCUGAGUUCAAACUUCGCUAAUUACCCUAAAGGACCCGAGUUCAAGAAGAUAUUCGACGUUUUGGGAGAUGGGAUAUUCAAUUCGGACUUUGAGUUGUGGAAGAAUCUGAGGAGAUCGGCUCACUCUUUGCUGAGCCGUCAAGAUUUCCAAAAGUUUACUCUGAGUUCCAGCGAAAGCGUGGUGAAGAAUGGGCUCUUACCUCUUCUUGAUCAAGCCGCCGAGAAAAAUAUAGUCGUAGACUUGCAAGAUGUGUUCCAGAGAUACACGUUCGAUACAACCCUAAUUUUGGCAACUGGGCACGAUCCCAAGAGUCUAUCCAUCGAGAUGCCACGUGUUGAGUUUGGUAACGCUGUGGAGGACGCCGGGGAAGUGGUUUUAUACAGACAUUUAAAGCCGAUAAUCCUGUGGAAGUUGCAGCACUGGUUAGGGUUUGGAGUAGAGAAGAAGAUGAGGAAUGCUAUCACCGUUGCUAAUCGGGAAUGCAUGAAUCAUAUCCGUGCGAAAAGGGAGGAAAAAAGCCGGGGAAUUCACUCGGAAGGAGAAGCAAUGGACUUGUUGUCGUAUUACAUGGAGAUAGAUACAACCCAAUACGACCUGUUAAACCCUAGCGAUGAUAAAUUUCUCAGGGACACCAUUCUGUCAUUCAUGGUUGCUGGGAGAGACACCACAAGCUCUGGUCUCACAUGGUUCUUCUGGCUUCUCUCAAGAAACCCUAAAGCAAUGGCAAAGGUCCGACAAGAGAUCAGUACAAUACUUCCAAGACCCAUAAGCCAAUUAGACAAGGACAGGUCAUUCAACGCAUCUGAUUUGAACAAUCUAGUGUAUCUACAUGGCGCAGUUUGCGAAACCCUAAGGCUGUAUCCACCAGUUCCGUUCCAGCACAAGUCCCCUGCAAAAGCAGAUGUCCUUCCAAGCGGCCACAGAGUUGAAGCCAACUCAAAGAUUGUGUUAUCUUACUACGCGUUGGGGAGAAUGAGAUCAGUAUGGGGUGACGACGCGUCGGAUUUCAAACCCGAGAGAUGGAUUUCAGACAGCGGAGGGUCGAGACACGAGCCUUCUUUCAAGUUCGCAGCGUUUAACGCCGGUCCAAGAACUUGCUUAGGUAAGCAAGUUGCCCUAAUGCAGAUGAAGGUAGCUGCUUUGGAAAUACUCGAGAACUUUGACAUUACAGCCAUUGAAGGGCAAAAAGUAGAGUUAGUUCCCUCUGUUAUUCUUCGUAUGAAGCAUGGUUUUAAAGCCGUGAUGACUAAGAGACGUAAAACCUAA